AGUUUCCCCUAAACUGCACACGGAAACUCGGGUACGGGCAGACGUGCUGACGUUCUGCGCAGGUCGGUGAGCACCUGAGCCGCGCGCACUGUAGUCAGCUGGCCCGGGGCUAGCAGAGCUGUCAGGAAGCCUCUGUCCCUCCCAGGUGGACCUCUCCAUAGAGCUGGUUAAGUGUCUUCACUACAUGACAGCUGACUUCAUUCAGAGGCAAAGUUUAUUGAAGGAUUUGAAACAGCAAGUAACGUGACCUGACUUACAUUUUUAAAACACCAUGGUGGAGAAGGUGGAGAGGAUGGAUUGGAAGAGGAGAAGCCAAAGGCAGUGAGACCAAUUAGGAAGCAGGUGGAAUAGCUCCGAUACUUUUGUCAUACGAAGUUGAACAUGGCAGAAGAAGAGGACUAUAUGUCAGAUUCCUUCAUUAAUGUCCAGUAAAGAAGAUGUUAGACCAGGAUUGCCAAUGCUGAGGCAAAUUCGAGAAGCUCGUCGAAAAGAAGAAAAGCAGCAAGAAGCUAAUCUAAAAAAUAGGCAGAAGAGUUUAAAAGAAGAAGAACAGGAAAGACGUGACAUUGGGUUGAAGAACGCACUAGGCCGUGAAAACAAAGGGUUUGCUUUGCUCCAGAAGAUGGGAUAUAAAAGUGGUCAAGCCCUUGGCAAGAGUGGAGAUGGUAUUGUUGAACCAAUUCCUCUCAAUGUCAAAACAGGAAAAAGUGGCAUUGGGCAUGAGGCAUUAUUAAAACGAAAAGCAGAGGAAAAGCUAGAAAGCUACAGGAGAAAGAUUCACAUGAAAAACCAAGCUGAAGAAAACGCUGCAGAACAGUUUCGAAUGAGACUUAAAAAUAAGCAGGAUGAAAUGAAGCUAGAAGGAGAUCUGAGAAGAAGCCAGCGGGCCUGUCAACAGCUGGAUACUCAGAAGAAUAUUCAGGUUCCCAGGGAGGCCUGGUACUGGCUGAGGCUUGAAGAGGAGGCUGAAGAAGAGGAAAAGGAAGAAAACGAACAAGAUGAAGAUGAAUAUGACAGUGAAGAUUUAAGCGUACUGGACAAAUUACAAAUAUUGACUAGUUAUUUAAGAGAAGAACAUCUAUAUUGUAUUUGGUGUGGAACAGCCUAUGAAGAUAAAGAAGACCUGUCUUCAAAUUGCCCGGGACCAACCUCUGCAGAUCAUGACUAAGAUUAAUCUCAAUAAAGUAGAAAUUUGGAAAA